AUGGCUUCCCCUAGCAUUCUCACCUUUGACGCUGAGGGUCGGGCAGUGGACUUUGAGGUCUGGGUAGAUGAUCUGCAGCUUUUCCUGCAUCGGUCGGCGCUGCGUCUGCCCCGAGCGGGAGACGCCGCACCGGCAAGGGCAAGGGGGGCGAGGGCACUGGAGGGGGUGGAGGGGGCGGUGGAGGUGGUGGUGGAGGCGGUGGAGGGAGUGGUGGUGGUGGUGGGAGUGGUGCUGGGGGUAGCGGCGGCGGCGGCAGCAGUGGAGGCGGCGGAGGCGUUGGAGGUGGCGGAGGGAGCGGAGGCGGCGGAGGUAGUGGAGGAGGCGGAGGUGGAGGAGGCGGCGGCGGCAGCGGAGGCAGCGGUGGUGGAGCGAGUCGCAACUCUGCACCGAGGAGUGGCGCCGGUGGUGGUCAGCGCCAGCAGCAGCAGCGGAGUGGUGUGA